AUGCAGGUGGUCGAAAAUAUAGGUCUCGUCUUAAAAGUCGUACAAGGCAAUCAAUUUUUUCCUGAAAUUUCGACCAAUAAUGAAGUGCAAAUAAUUAGGGCUCACGACUCUUCUGUAAGAAGAAAAGUAACAAAAGGAAGGAGAGGUAAACCCAUAUCAAGGAUUUACUCAACCGAAGUAUCUGUUCUUGCACGUCAAGUACAGAGUUUAAGGAAGGCCAAAACAACCUAUGCUAUUAAAUAA